AUGGGCUUCACAACAGGCUUCCUUGGAGGCGUCACCCUCACCUCAGCCGUCCUAUACCUCACAAUCUCGCUACAUACCCAAAAUCGCAUAACGCAAGCGGCACUCUUACGUCAACAGCGCGGCGUCCUCGCCGGUUUCUACGAGCCCAAGGUACCAGAGCCUGAGCCUACAAGUCGAGAAGUGCCAGUGGGACUAGCGGAGAUGGCAAAAGACAAGUGGAACAGGCAGUUGGAGGGUAUUGUUAGAGGGGCGUACAAUACGGACUGGAGGAGGCUCAGGGAGAGCGCCGAAGACAGGGUGAGCGCAGUUGUGGAGAAGAUUAGGGAGAGUAAAUGA